AUGGCGUCGGAGGGCUGGCGGUACUUCUGCACGGCGGGCCGCGGGCUGGAGCCCUUCAAGGCGCGGGAGGUGCGGGCGCGGCUCGGCGCCACGGAGGUGGACUGCGUCUCAGGAAAGGUCUUCUUCAGCACAGAGGCGGAGCCGGGCGAGCUGAGGAAACUCAAGUCUGGAGAGCGACUGUUUCUGCUGCUGAAGAAACACCCCCCGCUUGCAGCUUCUAGAGAUAAAGGGAAAAUGCUACAUGAGAUUAAAAGCCUUGUCAUUGAGGAGCCAAAGUAUUGGCUGGAUGUUAUCUCUGUUUGGAGAAACUUUCAUGGGUGCGAGGGGAAAAAAGAUGGUGUCUCUCAAGAAAACCGAUUGCCUCUAAAGAGAAAAUCAGAAGAGACAAAUAUUGCAACUAAAAGACAGAAAACGGAACAAGUGCGAGAGACUGUGUCUGAGGAAUGUCAAGUGGAAGCUGGAGAGAGGUGUGUGGUAGCAGAGAUAAAGAGCAGUCAGGACUGCCAGACUGAAAGCAAGACUUCCUUAGAAGACCCUUCCAAAAGCAGUGGAGAGGAACCUGUUGCAAAUGAGCAGCUUAGCUUCAGUUUCAGAGUUUCUUGUCGUUGUAGUGGAGCGAUUGCCAAAGUACUUCCUUCACAGGAGAUUGGAAGAGCCGUUGGCAUAGCGCUCAUGAAGCAGUGUGGGUGGCGGGCUGAUCUGCGGCAGCCCGAUCUGGAGAUCUUUGUACAUCUUAAUGACAUUCACUCUGUGGUGGGAAUUCCUCUUUUCAGGCUUCCGUUGGCAAACAGAGAGUACAUCAAAACAGCAGGACUGCGGUCAACAAUUGCAUGGGCCAUGGCAUCUCUGGCUGAAAUCAGUGCAGGUGCCUUUGUGCUGGAUCCUAUGUGUGGGCUAGCAACGAUACUGCUGGAAGCUGCCAAAGAGUGGCCCGAAGCCUGUUACUGGGGUGCUGAUAUAAGUGAUUCACAGUUAGAGGGUGCAGAUGUGAAUAUUAGGACUGCAGGCUUGAUGGAUAAGAUUGAGUUACUUAAAGCUUCUGUGAAAGCAUUGCCGUUGCCUUCGGAAAGCUUUGAUGCUGUGAUUUCGGAUAUUCCAUUUGGGAAGAAGUUCAAGAUCACAAAAGACAUACAGCUCCUUCCGGAUAUUCUCCAGGAAGCAGAAAGAGUACUUCGUGUUGGAGGCACUAUUGUAUUGCUGCUGAGCCAAGAACUCCAUAAGCGCAUGGAUGGCAUUACCAAGUGUGCUGAAAAUUACUCUCCUAAUGCUGUUUCUGAUGGCGCAAGUGAAACCACCACUGCAAAAGCCCUGAAUGUUGAUGGGAAUUCUUCCUCCUCGGUGAAUGGUGUUGAAGAAUCCCUUCUCAGCAGCCGACAGAUGCCUUUUGGGUCUCUGGUGCCAGAUGGUGUCUAUGCAGUUAGUCUUGGAAAGACGGAUGCUUUCAUACACAAGUACAGGAAGAUCUCCUCUUCUGCUGGCAAUCGGUAGCUUUCUUGCACUGUGCCUAAGUGAACUUGAAUCCUGAUACACUUGAAAAGCAGCAUG